CGCAGCCCGUCUUGCUCGCGGAGAGAGGAGCCAGGAGGCUCGGCCAAUGGGAGGCGGCGUUGUUGGCGGCCACGGCGGCGCAGCCCCAAAGUGAGCGAAGCCACGGUCGCCGCCACUGCCGCAGGAGGCGCGAGGGAUAAAAACAUUCAGAUGGCAGAUAACAGUUUUUCAGAUGGCGUUCCUUCAGAUUCCGUGGAAGCUGCUAAAAACGCAAGUAAUACAGAGAAGCUCACAGAUCAGGUGAUGCAGAAUCCUCGAGUUUUGGCAGCUUUACAGGAGCGAUUUGACAAUGUCCCUCACACCCCUUCCAGCUACAUUGAAACUUUACCUAAAGCAGUAAAAAGAAGAAUUAAUGCAUUGAAACAACUUCAGGUGAGAUGUGCUCAUAUAGAAGCCAAGUUCUAUGAAGAAGUUCAUGACUUGGAAAGAAAGUAUGCAGCAUUAUACCAGCCUCUCUUUGACAAGAGAAGAGAAUUUAUCACCGGUGAUGUUGAACCGACAGAUGCGGAAUCGGAAUGGCACAGUGAAAAUGAAGAGGAGGAGAAAUUGGCUGGAGACGUGAAAAAUAAAGUAGUCAUAACAGAAAAAGAAGCAGCAACAGCUGAAGAGCCAAAUCCCAAAGGAAUUCCAGAGUUCUGGUUUACCAUCUUUAGAAAUGUAGAUAUGCUAAGUGAAUUAGUCCAGGAAUAUGAUGAACCAAUCUUGAAACACCUUCAGGAUAUUAAAGUGAAGUUUUCUGACCCUGGACAGCCUAUGUCUUUUGUGUUAGAGUUCCACUUUGAACCCAACGACUACUUCACCAACUCAGUCCUGACGAAAACCUACAAGAUGAAAUCAGAACCAGAUAAGGCUGACCCCUUUUCCUUUGAAGGUCCGGAGAUCGUGGACUGUGAUGGGUGUACUAUUGACUGGAAGAAAGGAAAGAAUGUUACUGUCAAAACCAUCAAGAAAAAGCAGAAGCAUAAGGGCCGAGGCACUGUUAGAACAAUUACGAAACAAGUACCCAACGAGUCAUUUUUCAACUUCUUCAGUCCACUGAAAGCAUCUGGGGAUGGAGAAUCACUGGAUGAAGAUUCUGAAUUCACAUUGGCCUCUGAUUUUGAAAUUGGACACUUUUUCCGUGAGCGGAUAGUCCCACGGGCCGUGCUGUACUUCACUGGGGAGGCCAUAGAGGAUGACGACAAUUUUGAAGAAGGUGAAGAAGGAGAAGAGGAGGAGUUAGAAGGUGACGAGGAGGGAGAAGAUGAGGAUGAUGUGGAAAUUAACCCCAAGGUGUAAUUUUUGUCUGUUAAUCAUUCAUACGUUUCUAGAAGGAACCCAGCCAGCCGGCGGAGUGCAAGCAGCAGUAGGAAGCGGAGGCGGGCGCCUGGCAGACUGUGGGGACGCCAGGCCUGUGGGCGGGGCCUCGGUCCUCGCCGCUGCACCAGCCCGUCGGCAGCGCUUGCUCCAUCUAACUCGUUUUCAAGUGCAUGAUUUUCACUUUCACUUUUCCUUUUUCCUUAUUAUUUUGCUUAACUUGUACAGUGGCAACUGAAAUGCAUUUCAGAAAUAGGAGGUUUCAUCCGGCACCCUCAGCAGCCUUGGUGCCUGUAGCCCUGGACUUGCCUGGGCCUUUCCCUCUGGGGGGCUCCAUAGACCACAUGGGGUGGGGUGGGGGUCACUUGGCAAAAAGGGCCGAGUCUGGUGAUGCGAUUCCAGGGAUCUAGAACCUCUCCUACCACUCCUGCAGUUGGACUGAAUUCUUCCCUUUUAUUUGAAGAAACCCACUGGCUGUUUGCAGCCGCUUAGUCUGCCGCGUGUAUGCUAAUCAUCUCCGAAGGGCUGUGUAGAGUAGGGCGUGUUCUGCUUAGGUCAUUGCUUCUUGACUUUCUUUUUUUAGGGGUGGGUCAGGGUUGUGGCACACCAGCUCGGGCAAGAGCUGCCGCGAGUCACCUCAUAUUUAUUGAACCCUUCUUACCUGUGAGGACUGUGGCCUUUUGCUGUCACUCGUCCUUACCAUUUCUGAACCACCUUGGUGACCUGGGCAGGAAGAUGUACCGUGCCACUUCCUAGCAGGAGUGAGGCCUGUGCGGAAGAAACGUUGCUCCCUGCCACCAGGACUGAAGACUCGAGCGUGUCCUUGUGACGCAGGCACCGCCCUGCUGCCGGAGCCAGCAUCGGGUGGUCGUCUCCAGCUGGGGGCUGGGCUGGGAAGCCCUGUGUUUCAGUUGAGCAUAUGAGCGUCAAGUCCUGCUUUCUCAAGAGCCCCAUUGCUGGGCCCCACCAUUCAUCCUGUUUGAGGGUCCUGGCUUCGGUGUGACCUGUUGGUGGCUGGCGGGUGGGGUUUCCAGUGGGUGAUGGCACUCCGGCAGCCGGGGAUGGCCGUGUCCGCACAGCCUAACCUUAGAACACAUUUGUAACUCGAUGCAGUGUUUUCAAU